AUGGACAGUAGCUGCCACAACGCGACUGCCAAAAUGUUAGCGACCGCUCCGGCCCGGGGCAACAUGAUGAACACCUCCAAACCCUUGGCUUUCUCCAUCGAAAGAAUCAUGGCACGCACCCCCGAGCCCAAAGCCCUGCCCGUCCCCCACUUCCUGCAGGGAGCCGUGCCCAAGGGGGACCCCAAGCACUCUCUGCAUCUUAACUCGUCGAUCCCCUGCAUGAUCCCCUUCGUGCCCGUGGCGUACGACACGAGCCCUAAGGCGGGAAUGACGGGCUCGGAGCCGCGGAAGGCUAGUCUGGAGGCUCCGGCUGCACCUGCAGAAGCGCCCGUGGCGCCCGCGUUCAGCUGCAGCGAGCUGCUCAACUGCGCGCUGACUCUCAAGGGCGACCUGGCCCGCGACGCGCUCCCGCUGCAGCAGUACAAGCUGGUAAGGCCGCGGGUGGUCAACCAUUCUUCCUUCCACGCCAUGGGAGCCCUGUGCUACCUGAAUCGAGGUGACGGCCCGUGCCACCCGGCGGCCGGCGUUAACAUCCACCCGGUGGCCUCCUACUUCCUCAGUUCCCCUUUGCACCCGCAGCCAAAAACGUAUUUAGCCGAAAGGAAUAAACUGGUGGUCCCGGCGGUGGAGAAGUACCCCUCGGGAGUAGCUUUCAAAGACUUGUCCCAGGCUCAGCUGCAGCAUUACAUGAAAGAAAGCGCCCAGCUCCUGUCGGAAAAAAUAGCGUUCAAAACCUCUGACUUCAGCCGCGGCUCUCCUCAUACCAAGCCCAAAGUUUUCACUUGCGAAGUGUGUGGAAAGGUCUUUAACGCGCACUAUAACUUAACCCGUCACAUGCCGGUGCACACAGGAGCCAGACCCUUCGUUUGCAAAGUUUGUGGAAAGGGCUUCCGGCAAGCCAGCACCCUGUGCAGGCACAAGAUCAUUCACACCCAGGAAAAACCUCAUAAAUGUAACCAGUGUGGCAAAGCAUUUAAUAGAAGUUCUACUUUAAACACGCAUACCCGAAUACACGCAGGCUACAAACCAUUUGUGUGUGAAUUCUGUGGCAAAGGAUUUCAUCAAAAAGGGAAUUACAAAAACCACAAGCUGACCCACAGCGGGGAGAAGCAGUUCAAGUGCAAUAUCUGCAACAAGGCUUUCCACCAGAUUUACAACCUCACAUUCCACAUGCACACCCACAAUGACAAGAAGCCCUUCACCUGCCCCACGUGCGGCAAGGGCUUCUGCAGGAACUUUGACCUCAAGAAGCACGUCCGCAAGCUGCACGACAGCGGCCUGGGGCUGCCCUGCACCUCUGCCGGGGAGCCGGGAGCGGACCCGUCCCCCCCUCUACAGCAGCCGCUGCCCGCGCCACUGCCGCCCCCUGGGCCCCUGCAGCCUGGGCUCCCCCCGGGCCACCAGUGA